UUUCAUGCAAAACUUGGUUCAGAUUUUUUAAUUUUUUCAAAACUAAUCAAUUUAUUGAUAUUUUUGGAAUUCCAAAAUGACUACGGCUGUAUCCGGUGUUGUUUCCCGCCAAGUUCUGCCUGCUUGUGGUAACCUUUGUUUCUUCUGCCCUUCCUUGAGGGCAAGGUCUAGACAGCCUGUCAAGAGGUACAAAAAACUCAUUGCUGACAUUUUCCCUCGUAACCAGGAGGAAGAACCAAAUGACAGAAAAAUAGGAAAACUUUGCGAUUAUUCUGCCAGAAAUCCUUUACGCAUCCCAAAGAUUGUGACUGCCCUUGAGCAAAGGUGUUACAAGGAGCUACGAAAUGAGAAUAUUCGCGCAACAAAAAUUGUCAUGUGUAUUUACAAGAAAUUUCUGUUUUCUUGUAAAGAACAGUUGCCAUUGUUUGCUAAUAGCUUACUAAGUAUUAUCCACACACUGCUGGAUCAAACACGGCAAGAUGAAAUGAGAGUUAUCGGAUGUAACAUUCUUUUUGAUUUUGUAAAUAGUCAGGUUGAUGGAAGUUACCUGUUCAACUUAGAAGGCAUUAUCCCAAAGCUUUGUCAAUUAGCUCAAGAAAUGGGGGAAGAUGAAGAAAUUAAAGUUCACCGUUCAUCCGGUUUGAAAGCUCUUUCAGCAAUGGUUCGAUUUAUGGGCCAUCAUUCUCACAUAUCAGUCGAGUUUGAUAAUAUUGUUUCAGCUGUCUUAGAAAAUUAUGAAGUUCCUAAGGAAAACGAAGCUACUCUUGAUCAAGAGGAACAAGGUAGUGAAAAUAAGGGGGAUGAUGACACCACCAAUGAGGGUGAAUCCUCUCUAUUGCUAGAUGUCAAAAACAGAAAUCCAUCUUGGAGUAGAGUUGUUAACGACAAAGGCGAAGUAAAUUUUACAAUUGAAGAAGAUAAGAAUCCUUCUUUUUGGUCUGGUGUUUGCCUACAUAAUAUGGCCAAUUUAGCCAAGGAAGGGACUACUAUACGACGUGUAAUGGAAUCUUUGUUCCGAUACUUUGAUAACGGCAAUUUAUGGUCUAUAAACCACGGUCUUGCUAUUUCUGUGUUGAAGGACAUUCUAUUUUUGAUGGAUGAUUCUGAGAAAAAUACGCAUGUAUUGCUGUCGAUGCUAAUUAAGCAUCUAGAUCAUAAAUCUGUCCUUAAAGAACCUAACAUGCAGCUCGACAUUGUUGAGGUUGCCACUUCACUUGCCGAAUAUGCAAAGGUUCAACCUUCUGUAUCGAUAAUUGGUGCAGUAAGUGACAUGAUGAGACAUUUACGGAAGACCAUACAUUGUUGCCUAGAUAACUCAAAUAUGGACAAUGAUGCAAUCAACUGGAAUAAGAAUUUCAGGCAAGUUGUGGAUACAUGCCUUGUUGAGUUGGCGAAUAAGGUUGGAGAAGCAGACCCAAUUAUUGAUGUUAUGGCUGUGAUGUUAGAGAAUAUCUCAACUAUUACAAUGACAUCUAGAACCACGGUCUAUGCUGUUUAUCGGACCGCUCAAAUUGUAGCCAACUUACCAUCCUAUCCGAAAAAGGCAUUCCCUGAGGCAUUGUUUCACCAACUACUCUUGGCUAUGGUCCAUCCAGAUCAUGAGACACGAGUGGUAGCUCACCGCAUUUUUUCUGUCAUUCUUGUGCCAACUGCUUCUGUGCCCAAAGCGUCAGGUGUUCCACGAACACUUUCAAGAGCAGUCUCUUUUUUCACUUCUUCAGCUUCCUUAUUUGAGAAACUAAAACUGGAGAAACGUUCUUCAAGUUUAAGAUUAAGUAAGUUUAACAAAGAAAAUGUUGUCGGAGAGGUUGAACCAGCUAAUGGCAAUGUUGGGAUCAUAAGCAGAUUGAAGUCAAGCAAUAGUCGUGUUUCUAGCAUGAAUAGUCCCCGUUUUACGGAUAAAAUGGACGGAACUACUGCAAACAGUGAUAAUCAGAACAUGAAGGUUGUUGCCCUCAGGCUGAGUAGGCAUCAGUUAAGCCGAUUGGUAUCAUCAAUUUGGACACAAUCUAUAUCUCCUGAAAAUAUGCCUGCAAAUUACGAAGCAAUUGCUCUUACAUACAGCUUGGUGUUAGUUGUUUCUAGAGCUAAGAAUUCUUUUCAUGAGUUAAUAGUUCAGAGUUUUCAGCUUGCGUUUUCUUUAUGGAAUAUUUCUCUCAGAGAAGGGCCAUUGCCACCAUCUCGUCGGAGAUCACUUUAUACUUUGGCAGUUUCAAUGAUUAUGCUUUCUUCAAAAGCAUAUAACAUUGUCCCUCUUAUCAAUAAUACCAAGCAAGUGCUUACGGAGAGAAAGAUUGAUCCCUUUCUUCAAUUGGUUGACGACAAGUUGCAAGUUGUUAAAUUUGCACCUGAAAAUCUAACCAUCAACUAUGGAUCCAAAGAAGAUGAUGAAAGGGCCUCACACACAUUGUUGGAAUUAUUGGCUUCUGCACACCAAACACAUGAAAUCUUUGCUUCUGAAAUCAUUAGAAGCUUGGACAUUUAUUCAAAAGCUGAAUUACUGUCAAUAAAAGAGAAACUGUUAGAAGAAUUCUCACCGGGCGAAUCAUGUGAUCUUGGAUCUCAGUUGACUGCGAAUAUUCCCAGAAAGAAUACUUCAACAACCGAUGAUGACUUUAUUUAUGAGUUAUUUGAAAGUCAAUUAAAAAACAGUCCAAGAAUAUCCAUGGAGGUCCCUAGUCUUAUGAGUGCUGAUCAACUUUUAGAAUUAGUUUUCGACCCAUCUACUCCUGCUGGGAGGAUUUCUGUAUCACCUGCAUUUGAUACGCCUUACGAGGAUACGACUGAUCACUGUGAGGUACAUAUGAUGGGAAAGGACAAAGUGUCCAGAUUGAUGAGUACCACUCAGAAUCAAGAAUGUCCGGUGAACCACUCUUUACCAAAAGACGACAAUGAAACAAAAACCAUGGAUUCGUCUUCCCAUGAGGAUCCUCAGAAGGUGGAAAAUUCUUUCUAUGAUGAGAAUUUUGUGGAAUUGUACCAACCAACUUCUGGCCCCAUUCCGAAUUUGUGUGGAGCAGAAUAUCAAGAUCAUCCUCACUUUUUCCAACUGCCAACAGCAAGUCCAUUUGAUAACUUUCUGAAAGCUGCUGGUUGUUGAUCAUGUAGUUGUGUUGAAUUACAAAUUCUAUCAAGUGGUUAAGAAAUCGUAAUGAAGAAAGCAGCGAUGUUUCUAAGUACUGUAAUUUCACCGGUGCUAAGGUCAAGAUAUGUCUGGAAAUAUUAUAGUGCUACUGUUUUGAACAUAAUGGGCUGUGUUUCUGAAUUUUCGAUAUUGACAGUAUUAUAUUUCAAUGUACAUAUACAGAAACUGCAGUUUUUUUGGCGAUAGCAUAAUAUGAACAUAAGA